AGUUCUCAAUCGGUGGUUAUUUUGACACUUGAAAUGAAAUUUGUGAGCUGCUCUUCCCUUCUAAUGGUAUAGCAGAAAACUGCUGACUAAUCCCUCGGAAGCGGAAAUUGCCAAAUAUACUGAUCAGUUUGAACGAUGCGCUUCAGUGCGUGGACAAGCAUUUUGGUCUUAUUCCUACCAUGAUGAAACAAUUAAAUCUGUUUUGGCGCAAAGUGUAGGGAUAUAUUACAUACAUCAGCAACAACUGUUUUGUUUGUUAAAAAGAAUUGGGAGGAGUAAUAAAAAUAAACAUUUAAAUUUUAUAUAAAUCAAUAUUUUAGGAAUUUUUUUAAGCUAGCCUCUAAAAUUUAGAUGCAGCUUUUCGUCUGCUUACGUCAGAUAAAGAAGUGUUUAGGAGUUUCAAUUAGCCUGAAGUUCAGCACUUACGUGUAAAUGAUAGAGCAACAACGUAAACGCGUAGAACGCGCCAUUUCUGACAUGAUCAAUGAAAUGUAUUCAAGUUAUUUACGUAAAAUGCAGUCCGAAAUGCAUAUGUGUGCAUCUAAAUGUUGCGAUGAUCAACGUGGGACUUUAGACUCCGUGCAGUCUUGCAUUGAGGGAUGUGCAGUUCCGCUUACUAAAGAACAAAAUUACUUGCAACAUGAGUUGGGUAAAUUUCAAACGCGUUUGCAGAAUUGUGUGAUGAAAUGCAGCGAAGAUGCUCGACAGAGGUUGUUACCGAGUCCCGGGACUGUGGAACUAUCAAAAUAUCAGCGCCAAUUUGAAAAUUGCACUGUGUCCUGCGUUGACAGACAUAUUGGACUCAUACCAACUAUGAUGAAGACCAUUAAGGCUGUUUUGGAGAAAGGUCCUAAUGCUAUGCCUCAGGCGUAAAAUAUCGUAAUACCUUGGGUCGAUGUUCAUGAAUUGUGCGUAGAAUAAAAACAUAAAUAAUGCGCAAUCGAUUUCGUUUAAACUAUUAAAUGAGAAUUGUGAAAGAUGGAAAUUAUAACUGAAAAUGUUGUACUAAAUUGGCAUUGAUUCAAGUCUAAACACGAACUGUAUAUGUAUAUAUAUAUGCAUAUAUUAUAUAUUGUAUAAAGAUUCUAUCGUCCAAAUGAGUCGACAAUAUUUAUCAAUUCCUACGGUUCCGUGAGGGAGCAAAGGACCACAACAAACUUCCUUCAUUCGAUUCUAUCAGAAGCAAUAUUUUUCAGCUCUUUCCAACUUUUGUUGGUUUUCUUUAUCUCCGUCUCUAAACUAUUCCUCCAUACCAUCGAGUGUCUACCUCUUCAUCGGUUUCCUUGUAGAUUCCUUUUAAUUGCAGUGCGUGUGAUGUCACUUGAUUCUCUUCUAAGAACGUGUCCAAGUCAGUCUGUUUGUAUUGGAGUUUUGUUAGUUAGUGCUACUCCACAGGCUGCAAUUUAAUGUGGUGUUGG